CAUUCUCCCACCCUUCAUGUCUGAUAUAUCAAGUCUACAAUGGAUCAGCAAUUAUUUCCUAGUGUGUGUGUUAGUGCUUGCUUCACUUCUUAGAUAUAUUCUUUCCCGCCCUUUACAAGUCUACAGUGAAACAUCAAUGUUUUGUACAUAUUCUCCCCACCUUCAUGUCCCAUAUAUGACCCUAUGUAGUGGAAACGUUAUUUUUAUAUAUUUUUUUUUCUCCCUUUAUUCUGUUCCAGAUUGAAGUCGAUAAUGAAACAUCAGUAAUCUUUAUAUAUACACACAACUAUGCUUUCCCUCCAUUCAUGUCAGAUAUAACUAAUCUACAGUGAACAGCCAAUGUUAUACACAUCAGUCUCCCUCCCCGUCAUGUCCCGUCUAACGACUCAGUGAAACAUCAAUUUUGUUUUUUCUCCCUCUUUUUCAAAAUCGAAGUCGACAAUGAAACACCAUGCAUCUAUAAUCACUUUUUCCUUCCACAUAUCCGACAUACAAAUAAACUGAGCCACUAAUCUUGUACAUACACACACGUGUGUUUCUUUCAUGUCCACGCCAAAACACUCGUCCGAUAUACAAAUAGAUAGAGCGAAGCACAAUUCUUUGUCGUUGCAAUUCAAUCUAUUCUUCUUUCAUCUGUUUACUCCAAUAUUGCACAUUCUACUUCAAUCGCUUUCUCCUCAGAACCGAUGUUUACCUUCGCAUGAUGUAUGAAGAUCAGAAUGGUAACUGAAACAGAAAACUAGAAGAGUCUUAUUUGCUUUUCUUGACCACAUCUUGUUGAGAUGCCAAAGUCACACACUAUAUGAAGACUGUACUUAACAGAUCUAACUAGCUCACAACGCAAUAGACUUUUAAUGCUAUAACACCUAAAUUAUUGAUAUGCAGGAAAAAAUUAUUUACUAGACUAUAUUUGACUAAGUAUAAAGUUUGUGUAUAAUGUGUAUAUUGUACAUACCUUAAUUUUCAGGACCUAAAUUGUCUUAAAAACCUUGUGAUUACUUGAAAAUUAUUUGAGCAACAUAUUCAUAUACACCUCUAUUUUUAUGAGUACUUUGCAUUAUGUACACCUCUAAUUUUAAUACUGGUUUUGAUGAUAAACUACAUAUAAUACAUGGGGUUCUACAGUAUUUAAGACAAAUAUAAUCAGUGUAAAAAAAUUAUAUAUGCACAUAUAUAUAUUUAUAAAUUAUUCAAAAGUCAUUAAUUCUUCCAAUGAUCCCGAGAUAUCAUAACUGUUUGCAUGCAAUGAUCAAACAUAAAGAAUCCUUACAGCUUGUCCAAACUUUCCUCUAAGAGCCAAGUAUUUGAAUUGUCAAGAAUUAUUAACAGUAGGUGUUUAAGGUGAUGAUUUAAGAAUUGACAAAAUUUUAAAAGAAUUCGUUUUGUUUGCAACACCAUGACUGCUAUGGAAUGAGAUAUUCCUUCUGUUUUAAACGAAGCCCUUGGCAUACUUAUAAUUAUGAUGUUUCACAUGCAACCUGUUUAUCCAAGUUCAUCUUCUGUGGAUAACCAAUACAGAUAUGACGUCAACAACAAGCCAUUUCAACAACCUGAAGAUAACAAUCACUCACGCUACCGUCACCACCACCACCACCAUCACCACCAUCACCAUGAACCCACUUGCCCUCAUUAUUUAAACAAUUCAGUCAAGGGUGGCUACCAGUGUCGGAGUAACCGUGAACAUUUAAAUGCACCGGAGUCACAAACUUCUGCCAAGGUCGCAAGUCACAGCAGCAAACCUUACAAGUGUGAAAUUUGCCGCAAAAGCUUUAGUCGGCGAGCCAACCUUCAAAAUCAUGAACACAGUGCAUAUUCCGGAAGUGGUGACCGGCAACAGCAUCAUAGUUGUGUCUACUGCCAGAAAGUGUUUGCUCAGAAAGCACAUUUGCGCAGCCAUGAGAGGACACACACAGGUGAUCGCCCUUAUACAUGUUUAGUUUGUCUUAAGUCUUUUAGCCAAAAAGCUCAUCUCAAAGUACAUGAGCGCACCCACACAGGGGAACGACCUUUUAAAUGUCCUACCUGUCCAAAAGCAUUCAGCCAGAAGGACCAUCUUAGUAACCAUAUAAGGACACACUCUGGAGAGCGACCUUUUCAAUGUUCCCAUUGUUCAAAAGCAUUCAGCCAACGUGCACACCUUCGUAACCAUGAGCACACACAUGCAUGUCACAAGCCAUUUGUCUGCACCUUAUGUGACAAAGCAUUUGCACAAAGAAUUAACUUACUCAGUCACAUCAGAACUCACACAGGUGAGAAACCGUUCUCCUGUGAUAUAUGCGGGAAGAAUUUCUCCCAGAAAGGCAAUCUCAAGACUCAUAAACGCACACAUGGCAACAAAAAGAUCUUUGAAUGUAAUGUCUGUGGAAAAGUCUUCCCUCAAAAAUCAAUCCUACAGUGUCAUGAGAAAGCACAUAUGAUGCCAAACUUGGCUGAAGUGAACCCAUCAUCUAACAAGGAUCAAGUUUUUCAGUACAACCUACCAGAAUCUGGUGGUGUUAAUCAACCAUAAAUUCCUUCUUUUCUCAUGAUUGUUAUUCUCAGUUUUUAGGAAUUUAGGACUUGAAUGUGUCAUCUUAAUUACUGUUAAGUGUAUCAUUUUAUUGGCUAUUCAUCAAUAUAAAUUUCGGUAUUAAUUAAAAAUCAUUUAUUCACUAUUUCAAUUCUGUUUGUAAAACUUUACUAUGGAUGUAAUCAGUGGAAAUAAGUAAUUAAUUGGGAGCUGACAUACUUAUUGUAGGAACCAAAAUAAAAAAUAAAUAUUGCUGAAUUAAAAUUAUCUCUGUAAUAAAGAAAAUCACACUUAGUAUUAAUGACAAUUAUUAUGAUGAAAAAAGAGAGAUAACUCUGAAAUCUGAAUUUAUUAAAAUUUGAACAUGCUAUGGGGUGGGAGUAUUAUCUUUGGUAAGUAUGGUAACAACUAUGGAUAUUUUUAAGUAUUAUUAAAUGCCUUCAAUGAACGAUAAUCUUAGGAUUUCAGAAUUAUUUCCCUUAUUUUCUUGACAAGAAUUAUCAUUAAUGCUGAUGAUUGUUCUUCCUUCGUUACUAUUACAGGUAAAAUUUUAAUUGAGCGAACAUUGUUUGGCAUACUACCUUAUUUCUGUUCCCCACUUAACUAUACAUUCUUUAUGCAACUGGCAACACUGGGAAAUAUUCCCAUAUUUAUUUUAUGCAUUCAAAAUCCACAGAAAACUGAUAGCAAUAAAGUUCUGUUCUUUACCAAACAUGUAGUUUAAUUUUCUCUAAUUACAGAUAUAAUUGUUAUAUUCAGGAUAUCUUUAAAAUAAUCAAACUUCUCUGCCAAUUUAGUUUCCAUUGCAGACAUCCAUAGUUUAUUUCAUGUAUUUUUGUUAUUAUAAAUGUUUUCAUCUUUUGUUGUUGUAUAAACACCUGUCAACCCUA